CCCCGCACCACCCCUUUCCUUCCGUGGUUUCUGGCUUUUUUUUCUCAUAACAUAACAUGUUGUUAUUUUAUUGUAUUGUUGUGUGUUUCUGGUUUCUGAUUAGUUUCUGUCACUAAAAAGUCAGGAAAGUUUGGCUGAAUUUUAGAAUUUUCCAUAUCUCAUCUCCCCACACACCUCAUUGCAGAGGCAGUAUCUGUCAGGAUGGAAGGCACAGAGAAAGAGAGUAGUCUAAAUCUCAUGAAGUACAGUGAUGGUCCUGCAGAAAAUGGGCAAUACUGUAAAUCCCAAGAACUAGUUCUAGUCAGUGGAUUACAAGAAGAAGCCAGCACGUCCAGAAGCACAGAUUUUAAGAUGAAAAAUGAAGGCAAAGUUGUUUUUAGAAAAAAGAGUUUAUUACCUAUUUUUGCGCCCAAUCAUCCUUACCGGUCAGCUUGCUACACCGUCAGUUCUAACUGCAAAAGUAACGUGAGCAUGUUCACGCAAAGAAUAAUGUCAGCCAAACUUCUUGGCGUGCGAAAUCUUCAAAACAAAUUAACAGAAACACAAAUUCGUCUACAGGAGUUAGUUGAAGAAAACCGAGUUUUGAAUGCUCUUUUAAAACGACAAGAACGAGCUUUGAAGAAGUAUGAGGGUGAAGAGGCGCAACUACCCCAGCUAAUCAAAACGCACAGUGAUGAAAUGCGGGUCUUGCAGACCAAAUACAAGCAGUUGAAAACAAAAUGUCAUGAUAUGGAACAAAAAUUGAAGGGACGGGAUAAUGAACUUAAUUGUCUUCGAGAACAGCACAAACAUUUGCUGCAUCUGUCCAAAGAUAAGCACCUUGGGGAACGUGAGAAACUCAGACAGCAAGUUGAGGAGCUUCUGGAAACAGUCAACGUUCAAGAAGAGAAAAUCAAGACUUUAAUGAGGAGAGUUGAAUUGGAAAGCAAAAAUUAUAAACAUCAGUUGAGGUUAGAGAUUGGAAAACACCGAGAGACGCAGCGGCAACUCUCUCAAGCUUUAUCUACAGUUCAAAAACUAGAAGCAGCUCUGGAGGUAAAACAGAAAUAUUUAACAACAUCCAACAGGACACUUCAUUUCACAAAUAACAGUGUUGUAGGACCUCUUCCAGCAAUAUCCAAACAGCUUCUAUCCAACACUCAAACAUCACCUAUGAAUACAAAAUUUGGGAAAAACUGUGCUCAUGAACUCUCAGGUCAAGAAAAAAAUGAAAGCGACUCAAAUCCAGCCACCCUCUCAUCAUCUGUGCCAAAUUCUGAGUAUGAAGGCAGUGAAGUUUCUGGCUCAAAUGCAAAAAUUUCCAACAGCUCAUCCAACUCUCGUAAAACAAAAUCAAAAGGUACUGUCAGGAGUAAGCCUAAAAGUCGCAGUAGUUUAAAUUAUGACCACGAUUUUGAAAUCAGCGAUAGUUCCAAGGUCACUUCAAGUCCAGUUCCUGGAAAGGAUAAUGCUCUCCCAAGUAUAUUCCUCCAUGAAAGUUCAGAAAAAAAGUAUGUGCAUGCUACCUCUGAAUCCAGUAAAAAAUCACUAACUCGGCAAAGUUCUGUCCAUGAAGAAGAUGAGUCCAAAGUUUCAGAAAGCAGUAAAAAAUUUGCCCCUGUAGAAAAUAAAAGUGAAUAUGCACUCAGUCAAAUAGAUGCUGUAGGCCAAAUAAAGCAAUCUCAUCGUAAAAAUUCCAAUAAUCAAGGAGAGUUACAUGAUAAUAAAAUUUUUCUCGGCCAAGAAGUUCAUUGUCACAAAUCUUCCAGCGAUGGAGAAUUGUUGGAUUGUCAGAACCAUGGGAAUGCAGAAGAAAGAUCAUAUGGGCAUCAUAAUUUUUGGGCCAAUAGAGAAACUCUGAAGGGAAACUCGCACAAAGAGGAACUCUCCUGGGAGGAGAUUAAAGAGCAAAUUCGGACAGAACAUGAAGCUGCCAAGAAAAAACUUGAAUCUUUUUCUAAAGUCGAAUCCGACUUGCUAGAUUUCAGCCUAGGCAAUGAGCUAGACUUGAGUAAAAAAGAUGCGCUGUUACGAGCACUAAAUGAUAUUGACCGGGAAAGGAACUGUGAAAAUUCUGACUCUGAUGGAAGUUACAAAGGAAAACUCCAAGGGGAUUUCCUAGAAUUCUAUACCGAAAGCCGAUCCCCCUCAGAUGAUGCACGCUUAAGCGGUGAAGAGGAAAUGAAGAAGAGGAAUGGUUUAGUAAGAGACUGGUUUUUAAGUCAGUAUGACUGUAAUACCACCAAGUUUUUAAGCGAGCGAGAGAAGCAGACUUUGAGCACAAGUAUUCCGAAAGGAUCUGAUUCAUCAAGUUGAGGGUCUUAAAAGACCCAUGCAUGAUCAUCAUUAAGAUUGAUUAAUGCCUCAUUACUGUUACCUCUUUCAAUAUUUGCACAGGAAAUACAUUUGCCUUAAAGUAAGACGAAAAGCUGAAAAAAAGUUGUGCUUCUAUCGAAGUGGACCAUCAAGGGCAUUAGGUGGAAGUAUUUAAGUAUUGGCAGGUGAUGAUAAUUUAAGACAAAUACUUCAUUCAAGUAAUUAUUUAAGAAAAUAAUCUUUAGUUCAUUCAUUGCAGGUCCAUGUGGAAUUAUUCAUGUGAUAUUAUGUUGAUUUUGAAAACAAUUUUAAAAACAUUGACAUUAAUGAUUCUGCAACUUCAAAGACAAACGAAAAAAAAUCAUGUAAGAUUUGUAGAAGAUUUCUCCUUCCCUUCCCAAUCAUGAGGAAUUUAUUUAUUGCUGAAGGUAGUUAUUUAGAAAAAAAAAUUAUUAAAAUCUUUUUCAUUUUAAGAAUUUAAAAUUGAAAGGUUUAAGUCAGGGAAAAUUUCGAGGUGUCUGCUGUAUUUUAAGCUCAAACAUUGGUCGAAGAUCUCAUGCAAUUUUCUAUAAUUCCAAGUAAAAUUGUCACUCAUAAGCUGUAAUCAUGGGUACUUUCUCGUUAUUUUAACCUGGGUCUUAUGGUCAAUAUGGUGUCCCAAAUUUGAACCUUCCUAAAAUAUUUUGGGAUCAUUGAUGUUAUAUCACAGAUAUUUUAUCACAGAAUCAUCUGAUUUCUCUCAAAAGGAUUGUAAAUGUUUACCAUAAUGACACAAUAAACCAAUCAAACAUCAAUGUUCUGAGAAAAGUUUUUUGAUGGUCCAAGUUUGGGACACCUGAACGGUCAAUAUGAGUCUUUCAAUUUAUCAAGAUAGUUGGUUUUUGCGCACCAAGCAGAGCACUUCAGUCGAUCAAUUUUUCACAGCCUGAGGAAUAUUGGACUGAAGAGCUCUGAUUGGGGUGUAAAAACCCACUGCUUGUCGAAUUCAAUAUAUUUAUUGACUCAUGAUGAACAUGUGAGCCAAGCAUAUUGCAAAUCUCUGGUGGCCUCCUAGAAUUUUUUCUUUUAGCUGUUCAGUCUCAUUCUUGUGUUAUGAGGGCGCAGAGACAUUAAAUUAACUGCCAGUACUACAAACAAAUACAGCCAAAAGGCUGCAUGCUGCCUCUGCAGUAAAAAAAUCACUCUUCCUUUCCUAUGACCCUCUUUGUUCCUCCGAUGAAGUGAAACCAUCAAGUGGGACAGCAGAUUCUACAUCAGUGGAGUGAUAUAAUAUCAUAGAUACUUUGAAACAACUCUAAUUCAUCGUCUGCUCUCGAAAUAGCCUAUAAUUUUAAGUUGACACAGUUUGAAUGAAAAACAGAUUAUUUUUAUAACUUAGAAGAUAAACAGUGUGAUAUUAUAUGUAUGUACAUCUAUUUUGUAUUUUUUUAGCAUUUAGAACUCAAAAAGCUGUUUCUAAUUCAAUGAUCUUGAUUUAGAUCACCUGCUCUGCUCACUGAUAUGUGAAUUUUUUAGUCAACUAUUUAUUUAACCUGCUGAAAUAUACUGCUUCAGAUUUUCUUUUUAAAUGACUUGUAAAUUGUACUCAAGAAAUCUUUUGUUCCGCUAUGAAAUUUUUCAUCAAAUAAAACUAGUAGGUAUACAGUUAAGCACGCAUUAUCCGGUGCUAUGUGGUGGAGGUCCGCGCUAGGUAACGAAAAUAACGGAUAAUCGAGACUACCAUAAAAGACCGAAAAAAUGUCAUUUCAAGCUCUGUUAGUUGCCAGAAAGAACAACCUUAGCCAAUUCUCUAUCGUAUUUGUAAAACUUUGUCAUUUAAUUGAUAAAUAAAUUACAAAAAACCACUCAUAUUUUCAAUUUUUGCCCAAGACACUGGUUUCUGUUGUGUCAUGUCUGAAAAUGCCACGUUUUAAUGAUGAAAAAGCCAUGCCCAAUUAAAUGGAUAACCUAAGUACAGAUAUUCGGUGCUUUACUGUAGUUGUAACUAUUCAUGAACUAAUGGAGGGAAGUCAUCAAGGGUCCGUUUGCAACUUUAAUGAUUUUGGGCCUAAGGAAAGCUUUUGUAAUACUGAAUUACUGAUGUUAUCAUUUUGUGAAAAUAUAGGAUGGGCACUGUUCUCUUGCACCUAUGUAGCAGUUUUAAGAGAGCCGGAAAGCCAAAUUGCCGGAUCAGAAACUUUGAGCUCCUGAUCCGUCAGCUGUCAAACAUGAAGCAAGUCCAUUCCCCAGAAGGCCUUUGCAAAAAUACUUUAUCACUUGUUUUUCUUUUUCUCAAACUGCAUCAAAAUGCAUUUCUGCAAGUAUACUGCAGCAUGUUGUAAAAGUUUAAAGUGUAAAAAGAGUGUUAUCAAUUUUUUAAUGAAUUUUUAAGCUACGUAAAAAGAUGGAAAGGAUCAAAAGAGGUGUAAAAAAUAUAAUAUUAUGAAAUUCAUGAUAAAAUAAAUCUAGUUGGAGAAAGGAAUCCUAUCAAUAACAUGCUAACUACUCCAUCAACCAUUCUCAUAAGAUAGUGUAAGCAAGUCGACACAAUCAGUUCUUGGUGCUUCACUUAACGGUUUCUGUCCAAAAAAUGGGGCUUGGAAGGGCUUCCCAGAGGUAUUUUGGUAAAAAUACUGAUCGAUAUCAACACAAGUCACACGUCAAAUCGUUAAAAUUUGAAGCGGACUAAUCUCAACCUCCCCCUGGAAGUAUUUUUUAAAAAUUUUGUCUUUUCUUGUCUCAUCACAGAAAUAGUUGUUAGUUGCUCAAAUCCUUUUUGUUUGUAUACUUUUUCACCCAUAAAAAAUAUCAUGGCAGCACUUCAAAAUUCUGUCUCUAAUCCCAGAACUCAGAAAUUCUCACCAAUUCGAUGGAAUUGGAAAAAGCAAGUAGAUGAGUUGAUGCCGAUAUGAUGGUUGUAGCGUACGAACAUUGGAAAUAAGAGAAGCCAAAAUUUCUUACUCAGAAAGAGAAUUGAGAGACUAGUUUCAGGAUCAUUAACCAUCCUCACGCCCAGGUGUUGCCUCUCUAGUUCUGAAUUUCUCUAAACGACAGCUGAAUAAUUGGUAUCCAAUUAGCUGUUUUGUAAUUUUUUUUAUUUACCCAAAUUGGCGAGAAUUGCCCGUUCACCAGAGCCUGCUCUCUGCAGUAUUGCGAUUAUAUUUUCAUGAUUCAAGUCAUUAAAUAGGCAUGCUGAUCACUCAGUAAUUAGCUGCCUAGCAUCACAAGUAAAAGUCUUAAAAAAUUCUUCUUGGGAGAAUUAAUAUGUGCUAGCAAGCUUUUUAUGCUGAAAAAAAGAAGAAAUUUAAAAUUUAUAGUUUGAGUGUGCAAUCCUUUUUUAUAGCAAUUUGAGUUUCAAAGAUUAAAGUACCCAGAGGUAGUUCUAUUAUUACCUGCUGUUUCUCAUGCGAAAUCGUACCUUCUCUGUUAAGUAGGGACUCUCUGGGCUGAUUGUCGAAAUUUUAUGUUUGUUGGUGACUAGACAUUGAAUAAAGUGAAGUAGAGCCUUA